AUGGCAUUCAAGUACGUCCUUCUCUCCCUCUGCGCUCUGCUCGGCGCCUCCAAUGCUGGCCUCUUGGCGCCAGCCACCUAUGUGUCGUCGCCGGUGGUGACCAAAUUGGCUCAGCCGCAUUUUGAUGCCGUCGGCACCACACAGCAGAAUGUGGUGCGCUCGUUCGGUGGCACCGUCUCCACCUACUCAAAGAACGUCGUCACACCCUACUCUAGCUUCAGCAAGGUGGACUCACGCACUACCAACAACGUGUACACGCCCAAGACUCUGUACAGCGCCCCAGCAACUGUGGUCACCAAGUCCGUCUAUGCUGCCGCUGCCCCAGCUGUGACUUACACUGCACCAGCUCCAGUUGUGGCCAAGACCGUCUCGUAUGCUGCCCCAGCUGUCCACUAUGCUGCACCUGCUCCAGUUGUGGCCAAGACUGUCUCGUAUGCUGCCCCAGCUGUCCACUACGCUGCACCUGCUCCAGUUGUGGCCAAGACCGUCUCGUAUGCUGCACCUGCUGUGACCUAUGCUGCUCCAGCUCCAGUUUAUGCCAAGUCCUAUGCCGCUCCAGCUGUGGCUUAUUCGACACCAGUCGCUGCUCCCAGCGCCUAUGUGAAAUACUCACCCGCUGUUGGUGUUGCCCACGUUAGCUUUGAUGGCUUUGGCUCGCACUGGGGCUACUAA